CGCAACAAUGGUUGCAAACUUCCUGGGAUGUCAUUGCCGCUCAGCCAAUCUCAGCCGAUCACUCGCUUAAUAGUCUUCAUGUACUAGACAUCAUUUCUAUUGCUGCAAUAAAAAAUUUGCUUCCGGUCUAA